AUGGGUGGAGAAUCGAAUCCGCCCCCCAUGUUCUCACUCAUUCUCCAGCUUUGGCACGGCCCUAUGACCUACCAUACAUACUAUUACAGCAAGGAGAACCACCUGGGCCACUUGAAUCUCAAGUUCCGAGUGGGCCGUCUUCUUGGCGGCAAACAACUCUAUAUCACCGAAAAAGCCCGGCAUUUGGGGGAUACCCAGCUAUGGAAACAAGAGUUCGCCUACCUGCUACCAAGAGCCACUUCGCCCAAAGGAGUAAGUCUGUACGAUCAAACGGUAAGCUUAAACCAUCAGAGUAUGGGGGUGUUGGAAGCCGCAGGGCGAGGGCCUGAAACUGGUCUGGUGGGCACAAAAGUAGGGUCUGUUCUUCACUAUGUACGAAGUAUUUCUCCCUUCCAAUACACCCACCCGAAGGAUUGCGUAGUAAUCAAAUGUGGAUACUUUGUCGGAUUCUCGUACAGGAACACCUGGCAAACGCCAGUACGAAGGAGUAAAAUAGGCAGUGUAUGGGGGUUGUUGCGACCCAAAAAUUUUCGACCGGGCGAGAUGAGGCUUCAGGGGCCUCGUUGGCGGCUGAAGAUCAUACACGCUAGCGAGCUGUUGCCGAUGCUUCCGUGUAGCAGAACGCGCAGCCACGACCCCUGCUGA